AACUCAGUCAUUUAUGACUUUUUUUUGAGAGCUGGGCUACAAAAGCCCAGCUCUCAGCUCUCUGGAAAGAACCGGAAUUCCCAUCACUAGUGCCUUAACGGUCGUUACGUACGUUACGUCGUGGGCGUGACCAUCAUGAAGCCGCGGAAGAUUCAAAACGAAGAUGGCGACUAAAACUAAUUCUCAAAACACUGUGAAGCUUGAUAGAAGGGAGACAAAUUGCAGCGUAUUCCUCUGUCACGAGAAACCAGACGCGAACCAGCCUGUGAUCUUUAACCCGGACUUCUUCGUGGAGAGGUUCAGGCAUGAGCAUCCGCAGACUUUCGCGGAUUUGGUGCUUAGUAAUAUUACUCGGCUCAUAGAUCUGCCAGGGGACGAGUUCGCCCAGCUGACUGGAGAGUCGGGGCCGAAGGUGCCGAUGUCCACCGGGUUCCUGCGCUCCUUCAACUUCCGCAAACGGAAAGAAAAAGGAGUGAUAUUUGGAGCGCCCUUGACUGAAGAAGGAAUAGCUCAGAUCUGUCAGCUCAUUGAGUACCUGAGUAAAAACCUUCAUGUGGAGGGGUUGUUUCGGGUGCCAGGCCACAGCCUGAGGCAGGCGGCCCUAAGAGAAAUGCUGAACAACGGCACCGAGAUAGAUCUGGAGACAGGUGAUUUCCAUCCCAAUGAUGCAGCCACUUUGCUCAAGGUGUUCCUGGGAGAGCUGCCAGAGCCUCUGCUCAUGCAUAGACAUUACCAUGCUCAUCUGAAGAUUGGAGAGUUGACUUGCUUUGAUGAAAAGGGAAAUAAGACUAAUGUCCCCGAUAAGGCCCGCCAGAUUGAGGCGUUUCAGCUGCUUUUUAUGUUGCUCCCACCGACCAACCGGAGCUUGUUGAAGCUGCUGCUGGACUUAUUGUACCACACGGCCCGCAGCCAGGACAUGAACAAGAUGUCUGCUAUUAAUUUAGCGACAAUGUUUGCUCCACAUAUCAUCUGGCCCAAAAAUGUGACAGCAAGUGAUCUCCAGGGAAACAUAGAGAAACUGAAUAAUGGGGUAGCGUUUCUCAUUCGACACUCGCAAAAAUUGUUCAAGGCACCUGUCUACAUUAAAGAAUAUGUGCAAUUAUUCUACACUGGAUCCAAAAUGCUUCAGUCAAAUGAUUACCUGAAUAUUUCUUCAGGAAACAAAACUGGCUCUAUUGCUGCUAUUGCAGCUCCAUCACCUUCUCCCUCUGUGAGGUCAAUCACAGGUGAGACUAGCAGCACCAGUAACAUCAAGCCUUCUGAGAAUCAGAGCUAUACGGAGUUGUGUCUCAGAGAGCUCUACAAGCAAGUCAACAGCAUGCCAGAGUCUGCCAAGAAGAAAAAACUCAUCAGACGGUUUGAAAAGCAGCCUGACUCGAAUUCCUCUGCAGAGACACGAACACCGUUCAUCAGGAGACACUGUCGCUCUCGUUCUGUGGGUGGAAUUAUCAAGAAGAAGGCACUGGGAGGCCAGGCUUCUACAGAGAAAGAAAACGGCACACUGCAGAGUCUUCCUCCCAGGUCCUGAUGAUGGGUAGAGUAUGACGAAACACCUGCUGGGAGAAAGAAGAAUUGCUAUUAAAGGAUUGUGCUCCAAGAAACAUCAGGCAUUUUAUGUGCUGUCAUAGCUAAUUUUCUCUCUUUUUGUUUUUUAUUUGUUUUUUUACUUUUUUGUCAAACUUAAGGGUUUAUAAAACCCCAAAGAAUAUCUUUGCAGCUUGCUAAUUUAACACAAUAGUUACAAAGUUACAGUGAGGAUGCUGAUGUUGUGUAUUUUGGGUCAGUCAAGUGUGACGUUUUUAAGCUGCCAAGAGUUUAAAAACUCUUGGUAGAGUUUUAUUGAAUUUGAGUGAAUUUCAGUUCAUAGAUUAUUAUAUUUUGCUGUUGUUUACAUGGCAAGACCUUCACUGUUCUUCCUCAAACGUCUUAAGAAACUGUGAUGUGCUGAUUUUCUGUUUGUAAUAUAAAUGUUCAGACCAAAAUUUCCUAUUCAAAGAUGUGCCUUAAACUGUAUGUCUUAAGUUAUUGUAAAGAUGAGCUCUUAUGCAACAGGUUUUUUUUACAAUAUGUUAACAUUUUUGGAGGCUUGAUUUACAUUUGUUUAAGAUAAAUACUUCCAUAUUUACAAAAUGAAUACUUGUGACGGGAAGAUUAAAGGAAAGGUGAUAGAAUAUUUUUAUUUUUUAUUCCUUUAACAAAGUUGUGUGAACACUUUUAUUUUGUAAUGCUACUGAUAUUUUAGACUGGCAUUUCUUUUUAGUUCCUACUUUUAAGCUUUUCCUGAGGCUAUUCUGUAUUUCUACACAUUAGCUGCAGUUUUGGAUCUUAAAGUGGUGAAUUUACUGUUUUGGUGAGAGGUUUUUACGUAUACUUUUAUCUUUUUAUGAUUGUAAUGGUUAAUUCAAUGGAUUUGAAGCAAAAUAUUUUUUUUUUGUUCUCCUGACUACUGUCAAACUUUUGUAAAUUCAGGUGUAUACUGAAAGAGUUGGAGCUGUUAUCAGUUUUGAACUGAGUCAUACUUGCUUUACCAUUUAAUUAUAAUGUGAUUAUUCCUGAUGGGCCACAUGGUGCUUCUGGAGAGCUAUGCAACUUAUUUUAAUACUUUCAAAUGUUUUCUUGAAUCUCCUUUUUAUUUAAAUACAUUUUACUUUUACAUGUUUUUGAGCGUGCUAUUGUGUGAAGUCAGGUCCUGCACUUUUUUUUUGCAACCACGAGGGGGUGGUGUUUGGUUGCAAAUGGUUGUGAGGUAAGAACCUUUCUACACAAUUUGUUGCUUUUGGAGACGAUCGCUCAGUCUUCCUGCUUAUUGUUAUCCACACAUGACCCAGUAUGGUAUUGUAAGCAAUAAGAUGUUUGUUAAUGUUAACUGUUUACAAAUGAAUUAUUAAUUUAAUGUUUAUUAUGGCAAAAUUACCAAGGAUAACCCAAAAAAGCGCAAACAAAAAAACAAACUUAUUCUUUAUUGAAAGAUUUUGUGGGUAGUGAGACCAACUUUCACCAAAUGUUAAGGUUUAUUGUUUUCUCAAGUUCUUCACAUAAGAGGCAGACAGCAUUAGUAAAGCAAAGCAAGCUUUUACAACUAGAGAGUCAUAUUUCUUUUGUCAAAUAGAAAACAGAUUGAUGUCUGUGACCUGAGUUCUCCAUGCUCUAAUAA